AUGCAGCUGUUGUGGACUGAAAACGAUUAUUCACCUGCCCAGUGGAUUAAAAGUGUCAUUUUUUGCCCUCACCUCCCCGAAUCCACCCCUAUCUUCAAUGGGGGCAGCAAGGACAAAACGCACCCCACUGUGUCUUGUCAUGUCCUUGAUGCUUCAUCAGACUUAUUGUAUAUGGGGGGACCUUGCUGGCUGGUGAGCCUCAUCUACAUUCGUGUGGGGUUCAUUCAUUAG